GAAAAAUAAUAUUGGGAGGUGGAGGAUGAUCAUCAGUGAGUGAUUGACAGGAGUGAUCAAAUUGUUGUUACGAUGAGCUAAAAUUAACAUAUCUUCCUCUCGGUUUUUAUUAAUUCCGGGCGUUGACACCCGAAUUCUUCCCUAAUACUAGAUGAGCACAAUUUCUCGAGGCUGAUUAUUUCAUUAUGAAAGUAAAACAAAUGGUGAAACUUCGGAGCACAAGGUAAAUUAUUUUUCGUAGAAAUAAAGAUUCAUUGAGUUAUCGUCUAAGUAUGCAAGAGAGUGGACUCGUCUUAUCUGAGUAUGAGGAAAUCAAUUCGUUGCUGUAUAAACCAAUUAUUGCCACUCAGCGAAUCAAAUACACCUGUAUCAAUGUCUCAACAAGUCACAUUGUCCUUGGUUCCACGAGUGGGAGUCUGUACUUAUUCACCAGAGAGCCAUGUACUUUUCAACAAGUGAUACCAUUAUCGGAGGGCACAGUAACCCACGUGCAGAUAUCCCCGGACGAGAAAACCGUCGCCCUAUCCACAAAGCGUGGGAGCGUCUGUAUCAUCACCUUCAAGCCCUUAGCGAAGCUCCUCUCAAUCUCGAACGAGCACCUCCAUGAGACCGUCACCUCCCUCUGCUGGAACUCGAAGAGCUCAGAAAUCUACGUGGGGGACAACAAUGGAAAGAUCUCCACCAUCGUCCUCUCGAUAUUCACGGUCAACGGAAUGUUCCAAGCCCCCUCCUGCGCCCUCAUGCACCUGGACUCGAGCAUCGUCCAGCUGGACUACAGCCUGCAUUAUCUCCUCGUGUCGACCCUCACUCGUUGCUACAUAUGUGACACCUCCCAAGAGCAGUUCAGGCAGAUCGGUAAUAAAGCGAGGGACGGAGCCUUCGGUGCUUGUUUCAUGAGAAAGCCCCCAGUGGAAAUCGAGAAAAACACAUCGCCCGUCCCAGAGGGUGAGAAAUCUCUGAACAAAUCAGUCGGUCUAAACUCCAUAGUGGGUCUAACCGAUGACAAUCACGAGGAAAAUCUUCUAAUCUACUCGGCAAGACCAGGCCUGCGACUCUGGGAAGUCAACCUGAACGGAACUGUUCUGAAAACUCAUCAAUUCAAAGAUGCCCUAGCCGUUCCCCCCUCCGAAAUCCACAGAUCAGCUCUCGUCAGAUCAAUUCCCACCAGCAUAAGCAACGAGCAAAAUGACCAAAACAUCCUCAACUUUUCCCACCUAUUCGUCAUAAGUAAAAGAUACCUGCUCUCUCACUCAAACACAUGCCUCUACAUAAUCGAUCCUACAAAUGCAGCAGUUGUACUGUGGACUGAUAAACUAGAUACCAUAGCAAUGGCACAAAUUAUUGACGAUAAAAUUUACUUAAUGAAUGCAAACGGCACAUUUCACUGUCUAAUGCUCUCUUCUAUCGAUUACCUCAUCAUCAAACUUUUUGAAAUGAAACUUUACAAUGAUUGUUACAACGCAUGCAUGACAUUUAAGAGUGAUUUAAUGAAAUUAGUCGAGAGUAAUAAUCCAUUAAUGGUGAAGGAUUUCAAUGAUUGUAGUAAUGGCUUGGUAACUGUACUUGAACCAGUUAUAUCAGUGAUACAAUCGAAUUUUAGUACUCAACCAAAGAGAUUGAAUUGCGGAAUUGUUGUUGUUAAUUCUGGUAAUUCAAUUGCAUCGAGAAAUAAUGGGAAAUAUGAGAGGAAUUAUGACUCGUCUUCAGACUCUGAGAUUCUUUGCAAGAGUGUGAUAAAGCAGAGAAGAAAAUUAGAGAUUAAACAUACUGAUGAUAAAGAUAUUAAUGACCUUGAUGGUGAAUUUUCUCGGUUAAAUUUGAGGAAAAAUGGGGUGGAGUCAUCAUCAAAAAUAAAUGGAGAUGAGGAAGAGUCGUCAGACCCUCGAAGAAAGCAGAUCGAAUCAGCAACAGCGAGUAUUCAAUCAGAUAUUCAACCAAUUUAUGCACUAAUAAGUACCUUAAAGUCUUCGAUAACUAUAGAGGACUUGGAAGACACAAUUUUUAACAUAGUUAAGACUAUACAAGAGAUUAAUUUCAAGUACGAGGAUAUCGUCGAGUUGAAGAUAUAUCUGUAUGAGGUUGUGAGGUCCAUUGAGAGGCUCUACUUCCAUGGACUGUUGGAGAGCGUUUCUCCGGAGAUGUUGACACCUCCGGGGAAUUCUGAUAACAGUUAUGUGGUGGAGGAAGUUCUCAGAGCAUUCGUGGAUUUGAAUGGCUCUGAUUACAGCGAGUGCAGAUGUGGAUUUCCCAGGUACAGGGCACCUUCAGAGCCAAAGUUUGGGGAUGUUGGGCAGCUCUUGAUGAGGAAAUUCAGUCAGGAGGGUGGAGACAAUUGUGUGAAACUAUGCAAGAGUGUUCCUUAUCUCUGGAGAGAUUAUCUUAGAAUUUUUAUUGAUAAGGGAGAGAAAGUAGAUCAUCUUCAUUUGUGCCUUCAGACUAGAGACAAUACUGUACUUUCGAUUAUUCUUCCAUUAGUUGGGGAUGAUUCCUGGGAUAUUGUUGCUGAGUGCGACGAGAGGAUGAGGAUUGGGAGGUGUAUAGCGUGUGGAAGAGGUGAUGAGGACCAGGGAGAAGUGACGGGCGUGGGGAUUGAUUGGAGUGGAGUGGCUCUUGAAAUACUCAAGAGGCAGGGGAUACAUGCUGCCAUGACAUUCCUCAGUGAUGUUGGGAGGAAGCUGCCUAGAAUCAAAUUAAAAGAAAGUAUUUUUCAGUCACUUAUCUGUACGAAACUAUUGAAUCGUCAUGGAUUUGAUCAGGUGGUUGAGUUUGAUGGGAGUGGUGAGGGGGGCAAGGAGUACAGCUCAAUUUGCUCGAAAAAGGCUAGAGAAGUACUCGCAGACGCCCUAGAGAAGGAUCUCAAUAGGCCAGUAAAUAAUAAUAUAUUCGGUAGUGGAGCACACCACUGGGGCAUGACAUAUAAAACAAGAGCAUCUGUUUGUCCCUGCUGUACUCUCUCACUACAAACUCCAGUCUUACUGGGAAACAGUGGUAUAUCGAUAUUUCCAUGUGGCCAUGCCUAUCACGUCAACUGCCUCAUACAAAAAAAAUUAACAAGAUGUUACCUCCACUCAUUAGAGUAGUAGAGAAGAAUUAUUGUAUUGUAAAAUUGUCAGAGUCAUAAAUACUGUUUAUCUCUCUCUCUUCAUUAUUCGAAUUAAAAUACAGAUCAAAUUAUUGAACCAAAAUCACAGAUAUAUUAAUGAAAGUUUAGUUAAGUUGAUUGUAACUGACUCGUUUAUUAUGGAUCACUGACAGUACAACAAUCUGUCGAUUUUGAAUAGAUUUGAGAAACAGGUGUUGAGAUUUAAUGAAAAUUUCUAGUACAAUAUUGUCUGUGCCAAAUUACCUCUCAAUCAAGAAUCAUUGGUAAUUGAAUCAAUAAAUAAUUUAACAUCAAUUGUAAGUGACUUUAAGAUGAUAUUAAUUAGUUAUUGGUCGAGUGUGGCCUAAAUAUAAUAAGUAGAUGAUUAGAAUCACUCGAAUGUACCUAUUCACUAUUGUUUUCCAUUCAGCACAAUUUUCAUCUUUUAUAUAAACAAUAAUUUUGAGCUAAAUCCCAUAAUUUCGUCAUCACAGAAUUGACAAAAAUCAUUUACCCUUGUUUUUCGAUCAAUUUACAAUUUUGAAUCGAUUUGUAUUUGGAUUUAAGAUUUUUUAGGAUUACUGAGUUUUAAAAAAAAUAUAUUUCAUUAUUCUAGUCUUUAGUGCUUAGUUAUAAAUUUGUAUUAAACAAAAUUUUUGUUUUUCA